AUGGCUCCAAUGCCAACAGAAGCGCUGCUUUGGAAGCUGCAAGGAAAUACAUAUUGGAAGGAUGGGAAAUACCUGAAGGCUAUCGAUUGCUACGAUGAGGCUUUACGACGGGUAUCGACCGAGGAACAUGGCCUGGUACUCCUCCUAAACCGCUGCCAAGCCAGAUUGUCGUUUCAACACUACGACGCAGCACUCGAAGACGCGAAGGCUGUGCUCGAAAUCGACCCAACGAACGAGAAAGCACUCUUUAGGGCUGCUCGCGUCUCUUACGAUCUAGGAAGUUUUGCUAGAUGCUGUUCCUAUCUAGCGAAGCUGAAGAAGCACUACCCUGGAAACAAAGCUGCCGUCCAAGAGAUCAAGCGGUGUGAACUUCGAUCCCGAGAACAAGCUGGAGAGUUCGACUUCGAAUCGAUGCUAGAUGAGGCAAUAACCAAACAGCCAUCACCGCGCUUGGAUCGCGCAGCCUACAUCGGACCAAUUGAGGUCCGCAAAUGCGCCAUUGAGUCUCAUGGUCGUGGGCUUUUCGCCACGGAAGCCGUAAAGGCAGGCCAGCUGCUCCUGUGCGAAAAAGCUUAUGCCACCGCAUUUGCUCCAUAUGAUAGCAAGGCUGCGGCAGACAUUAAUCAUUCCAACGACACUAGCUCUGACGGGUCCAAGUGGAGACUAAAGCUCCGCACAGAGCUUGCUGCGAGUAUAUUCAUCAAGUUGAUUCGGAACACUAGUGUUGUUUCGGCAUUUGCCGACUUGUACUCAGGUCCUGACGCUGAUGAAGAGAUCGACGAGGAAACCAACCUCCCUGUGGUUGACAGUUCUUUUAUUCAACAUCGAACCUUCUAUAAUGCGUUCGCAUUCCCAAGCCUUACCUACGAGUUUCACUGGAAGAGCGGCCACACCCCGGAUGACCUCAAGGCCGAAGAAUCAGGCUCCAUCGGCGUUUGGAUUUUUGCUUCUCAUAUCAAUCAUAGCUGCUAUCCACUUGUACGCCGGACUUACAUUGGCGACAUGAUGAUCUUUCGAGCUCAGGCAGAUAUCCCAGCUGACACUGAGCUAAAAUUUGGCUAUAUAUCUUGCUUGGAGAGUUACAAGGCACGUCAAAAGAUGCUCAAGAAGUGGGGUUUCCGGUGUGAGUGCCAGGUGUGCUUUGCGGAGAAAGAUUAUUCCCAGAAGAUGGUCAGAAAGCGUGCCAAGAUCACCGAAGAGAUUAUUGAACGUUUCGAGAGGAGCACUGCAACUGAUCUUGGAGUGUAUGGUCAUUGCUCAUCACACGGCUUCACGUCUUGGAUCUGA